AGUGCAGCUGCCUGCUUCAGGAAGUGAGGUCUACAGGAACAAAGAGAAUCUUCAGGAGUAGCCUCACAUUGUGACAUGUCUGAUCCCUCGCUUCAGGCCUUGCAGCAUGAACAAGGUGGACACUCGCUGACCUGUCACAAGGUUGCCCCACAAAGCCUUGGGGUCCAUGUCUGAAUGGAUUGCUGCAGCCUUCUCAUCUCUCCCUCUGCCCAGUUCCCUACAUCCUAAGACUCAAAGCCAGCACAGGACCUGGAAAAAUUACAUGGUGUGAACGGCAUGUCUGUGGAUGAGAAGCCUGACUCCCCCAUGUAUGUGUAUGAGUCCACAGUCCACUGCACCAACAUCCUCCUGGGCCUCAAUGACCAGCGGAAAAAGGAUAUUCUCUGUGACGUGACUCUGAUCGUGGAGAGGAAGGAGUUCCGGGCCCACCGGGCUGUGCUGGCUGCGUGCAGUGAAUACUUCUGGCAGGCGCUGGUCGGACAGACGAAAAAUGACUUGGUGGUCAGCUUGCCUGAGGAGGUCACGGCGCGGGGCUUCGGGCCGCUGCUGCAGUUCGCCUACACCGCCAAGCUGCUGCUCAGCCGCGAGAACAUCCGCGAGGUCAUCCGCUGCGCCGAGUUCCUGCGCAUGCACAACCUGGAGGACUCGUGCUUCCGCUUCCUGCAGACGCAGCUCCUGAGCAGCGAGGAUGGCCUGUUCGUGCGCCGCAAGGACGCCGCCUGCCCGCGCCCGCACGAGGACCGCGGCAACUCCGCGGGGGAGGAGGAGGAGGAGGAGGAGGAGACCAUGGACUCGGAGACGGCCAAGAUGGCCUGCCCCCGGGGCCAGACGCUGCCGCGCCCCGUCGGCUUGGAGGCCGCCGCCGCCCCAGGAGCGCGGAAGGAAGAAGCCUCGCUGCCCGAGGCCGACGGGCCCGCCGACGCCAAGGAGAGCUCCGAGAAGGACGCGCUGACGCAGUACCCCCGGUACAAGAAGUACCAGCUCGCGUGCACCAAGAAUGUCUACAACGCGGCGUCCCACAGCCCCUCGGGUUUCGCCGGCGCCUUCGGCGAGGACGGCUCCGGCGGCAGCCUCAAGCCGGGGCUUGCGGUGGGGCAGAUUAAGAGCGAGCCUCCGAGCGAGGAGAACGAGGAGGAGAGCAUCACGCUCUGCCUGUCCGGAGACGAGCCCGACGGCAAGGACAGAGCCACGGACGUGGAAAUGGACCGCAAGUCCCGGAGCGGGUCCUCUCCCUCCUGCCUGAGGUCUCUGUUCAGCAUAACAAAAAGUGCGGAGCUGUCUGGCCUGCCCAGCACGUCUCAGCAGCACUUUGCCAGGAGUUCCGCGUGCCCUUUCGACAAGGGCCUCACUCAGGGUGACCUUAAAACUGACUACGCCCCUUUCACGGGGAAUUAUGGACAGGCCCACGUGGGCCAGAAGGAUGCGUCCAACUUCACGAUGGGGUCGCCCCUCAAGGGCCCUGGGGUGGAGGCUCUCUGUAAGCAGGAAGGAGAGCUGGACCGGAGAAGUGUGAUCUUCUCCUCGAGCGCUUGCGACCAAGUGAGCACUUCGGUGCAUUCGUAUUCCGGGGUAAGCAGUCUGGACAAAGACCUCUCUGAGCCGGUGCCAAAGGGUCUGUGGGUGGGGGCCGGCCAGUCCCUCCCCAGCUCACAGGCCUACUCCCACGGUGGGCUGAUGGCUGACCACUUGCCAGGAAGGAUGCGGCCCAACACUAGCUGCCCGGUGCCAAUCAAGGUGUGCCCUCGCUCGCCCCCCUUGGAGACCAGGACCAGGACUUCCAGCUCGUGCUCCUCCUACUCCUACGCGGAGGACGGGAGCGGGGGCUCGCCCUGCAGCCUCCCUCUCUGUGAGUUCUCCUCCUCACCCUGUUCCCAGGGAGCCAGAUUCCUUGCCACAGAACAUCAGGAGCCGGGCCUGAUGGGAGAUGGAAUGUACAGCCAAGUCCGACCCCAAAUUAAAUGUGAGCAGUCUUACGGAACCAACUCCAGUGACGAAUCCGGAUCGUUCUCGGAAGCAGACAGUGAGUCGUGUCCUGUGCAGGACAGGGGCCAGGAGGUCAAACUUCCCUUUCCUGUAGAUCAAAUCACAGAUCUCCCGAGGAACGAUUUCCAGAUGAUGAUUAAGAUGCACAAGCUGACCUCAGAACAGUUGGAGUUCAUUCACGACGUCCGGCGGCGCAGCAAGAACCGCAUUGCGGCCCAGCGCUGCCGCAAGAGGAAACUGGACUGUAUCCAGAACUUAGAAUGUGAAAUCCGCAAAUUGGUGUGUGAGAAAGAGAAGCUGUUGUCAGAGAGGAAUCAGCUGAAAGCGUGCAUGGGGGAACUGCUGGACAACUUCUCCUGCCUUUCCCAGGAAGUCUGCCGAGACAUCCAGAGCCCCGAGCAGGUCCAGGCCCUGCAUCGGUACUGCCCUGUCCUCAGACCCAUGGGUCUCCCUACAGCCUCCAGUAUUAGCCCUGCGCCCUUAGGCGUCGAGCAGAACCUUGCCACCCCCCAGUGUGCGGUGGGGGAAACUGUGCCCUGCUGUUUGGAGCAGGGUGCAGCUCCCCCUGGGCCUCCCUGGCCCCCCAGCAACGCCUCAGAGAAUUGUACGUCUGCGCGGAGGCUGGAAGGCACUGACCCAGGAACCUUCUCAGAGAGAGGGCCUCCUCUUGAACCCAGGAGCCAAACGGUGACCGUGGACUUCUGCCAGGAAAUGACUGAUAAGUGUACAACUGACGAACAGCCCAGGAAAGAUUACACCUAGUGACUCGACCCUCCUCCUCAUUCUCACAUCUCCCACACCAGGUGGCGCCGUUCAUCGGUCGUCUAGAAGAACCAAGAAGGACUAUGGUGCACACUACAGCAGCGGUCUGAGCAGCAAUACUGUUUCUAAGUAUUCCCUCCUCUCUUCACGCAGGAGUGAUAUAUAGUUACCUUCACAAUGGUGCUACCCCUUGCCCCGGCAAGGAAAGACAGCAGUGAUGACACUGUCUGUCUGUGGGUUAAUUUCAAUCUUAACAGGGAUAGACUAUAACACCUCUAGGACCCAACCACGGAUUUUUUUCUCAGUGGCCCAUGUCACAAACCCUAUCUCAGGAAUUUCUUCUGAAUGUUCAAUUUUUUUCAUCGAAGACAGCUUCUAUACACAUCAAAGUUUUAUAGCUAGACUGUAUAUAUUAUAUAUAAUAUAUAUAUAAAAUAUAUAUCUCUCCAUAUGCAAAAGUCCUGCAUGCCUCAGUUUUCUCAUCCUAAAACUGGAAGCUUCAUUUCUCAUUGACAGACAGGUUCUGACAUUCCUCUUCUUUUGUCUCUGAUGCUAGAACUAGAUUGAUAACUGUUCACAUGGUCAUUUUUCUUGCUUCGCAGUUCAACUUCAACUUAUACUUAUUUAUGGACAGAAUUCUAUGUUGGAGGCUUUUACUUUAAGGUUUUGUUUCGGACAACCUUUUCUGUUUGUUUGGUUUGGGUUUGGCACCGUCAGAUGGUGUCAUCUGAGCACCGUGGGUUUGUCAUUUGUUUCUGCAGACACUGUACAGUCAUGGUCAACUUUGCCACUUGCACUGAGUUUUGGGUCAAACCUAUUUUCUUAAAUGAAGUUGUAACUUCGGUAUAGCUCAAGUAUACUGUAUAUUCUUUGCUUUUAGUUUAAAAGUAAAAACAUUUUAGCUAAUUAAAAACCACUCAGGUGAUAAUUAUGUAGGAAAAAAACAAUCUUGCCAAAUAACGAAUUCAUCCUAGGAUGUGUCGACAAUAAUCUGCUUGAAUAUUUUUAUAUUUCACCUCCUCCCCACCUCUCCUAAGCAAAGUGGAAAUGCAGACAGAGAGUUCUGAGUGGAUGUUGGAUGUUCAGAUUCCUGAGUGGGGAGAGAGUUUGGGCAUCUCACUCGAAAGUGCAGCAAAACAGUAGGAAUCCACGAUUUUAUACCAGAACUCCAGGCAUUGGCUCCUAGAAAUCGAAUUAGAACUGUUUUCUCACCCAGAGAGUAAGUCCCAUUCAUUUCAACACUUCAUCUGGCCUCACUUGCUCCUGGAAAUGUAGUGCAGUAGGACCUUCUCCUUAGAAGGGCCUGGCUGAGCAGGACUGGCCUCCCAGGAGAUCUCACCUGGGGGGAUGAACUGCAGCCCCAAGGCCCUGCCUCUAAGUGGCUGCCCUGGGCUAGUGUAGCUCACCCAGAGUAGGAGAGAGCAGGGCAGAAGUGAGCAUGAGGUCUGUCCCUGACACAGACAAAAGCAUUUCUUUCUUUCUUCUCCAAAUGCUUUAAGUUGAAUUCUGAGGUUUUCUGCCAGUCUCUUGUCCCAAGGCAGAUUUUACUCUUUGAGUCUUUGGACAGGAUAUGGCCAGGAGCUCUCCCUGCCCCUGCCCCCACCACACACACACCUACCCUCACCUGAUGAUCAUAUUCUUCUCUUGCUGCAAAACUGGUUGGCUUGCAACCCACAGAGAGCAGCUUCCCUUGGCUCUGGGGGCAAGUUGGCCCCUGGCCAUGUUUACAAGAAAGUGUGCUGAGAUCCCACAGCCAGCUUCAGAGGAGGAGGAAUCAGCUCCCUCCCUCCAGCCGGCCCUCCAGCCUGGCUGUGGGAAGAGUCCCUAAGGGUUUGAUGUGGGGGUGGGGUGGUGGGCAAUGGGGACUAGAUGGUUGACUUUGUUUCUUUAUUUGUGCCAUUGUUUGAACAAUAUUAAAGCUGCAUGUAAAAGGGGGAAUUAGUAUAUGAUGUAGGCGAAAAGUGAAAUCAUAGUAACAUAUGUUUUAGUAUUAACUUUUUUCUGUACAAAUAUUAGCGCUAAAUGUUUAAAUAUGUAUGAAUGCCAGAAAUCUGUUGGUUCAUGCGAUAGGAUUUAAAAAAAAAAAAAAAAGGCUUUUCUUUUCAACUAGUUCCACUUUUAAAACCUGCCUCUGGGUUUUCGUUAUCUCAUGUGUGUAUGUGUGCGUGUAUGUGUGUGUGUGUGCGUGUGCACUUGUCUGAGACAGAUUUUGGUAAAGCUCUGUACUGGAGCUCCCGUUGUUACCACGGUUGUUGGCAUUUCUUGGCCUAGUAGACCCAUUCUGCGCUUCACCUCGAGGUUCGCCUCUGUGGAAAACUGGUGACAGCUCGAAUUUAAACUCAAUGUGAAUCACGUGAUCCAUCACAGGUGUGUGUUAUGGUGGAGUCAGCCAACAGUAUUUUGUUUUUAACUCUCUUGUUGCCUUUUUUAAGUGACCUCUUCUUUUUUAAAAAAGGAAUGUUUUCUGCUCUUAUCAUAACCAGGUCCAAACCAACUUGUUGGCAUGCUUUAGCCUGGAAACGACUCAUGUGCAACUGGUAGUCUUGACCACAUUCCGCCCACACCUUCCCGUGGCUGGGUCUGCACAGCUGUGCCGCAGCCACUUCCAGUGGGGAGGGCUCUCUCCACCCAACUCAGCCCACAUCCUCCGCCUGCCACCCCCCACUCGCUUUUAUUCCCCUCCCCAACCAAGCCCCUGCCGUGGGAACUGGUUAAAAACACAGCUUGAAAAUCUGUCUUUCGAUUUCUUAGAGAUUCUUAGCAAGUUGUUCGAUUCUGUUCGGUACCCACCAUGAUCAACGACUGGUUUUGCGCAAUGUGACAUGUCCGUGUCUGUUACUGCUCUAAACCAUGUGUUUGUCAAGAUUAUUUCUGGGUUAAUUCAAAGGGAGGACUAGUUGGGGACCAGAAUCCAAAAUGCCUCAGGUGGAAUUUUAAAAACCAGCCUGUCUCCUUUCCCUGGGCUCCUUUAGUGAAGCCUGUGUCUUUUAUGAGAAGGAAAAGCAAGUUAACGGCAAGGAAUCGUGUUUGCUCGGCACGGUGACAUUUGGUUGUGUUCUUUAGGGUCUUUCUUACCAAAAUAAAGGACCCUCCGGCCAUGGACUGUUUAGGAGGAGGAUUCCCACGACAGCCGAAUUGGGUCUCUAAAUGCCUGGGAUUGGCAUGGGUUGUUGGGGCAGGGACAGUGGGGGUGGCCCGAUAACUAGUUAGCAGCCGCCUGAAUCCAGUCCUCCCCUUGGAUCUACCUUUGUCCUACGUGUGUCUCCAGACAACCUCAGUUCAUUCAGGUGGGUCAGGCUUUGGGCAGGCGAGUGCUUUGCUGUGUGUGUUUGUUUCUCUGCGUGAUCUGGGGGUGCCUUGAGUAAUCGAACUUCAUUACGUACUGAUUCUGGAACAAAACAAUUGCAAAGGAAAAAAAAGCAGGCAAUUCCUAGGCCCUCCUGCUGCUUCUCUCCGGUUCCCUAACGAUGACUCAGGCGUCAGAGGUGAUGCUGCAGAAAAGGUGUUAUUUUGUAUAUUGUACCAGUAAUUUAUUAACUGUCUUUCUAAAGGUAUGCUGCUUUGAAGAUGCACUAUGAUUUUGGAUCUAAUCCUCGCAUUGCUUUCCCAAGGAAGUAAAAAAAAGGCUGGUGAUUAGUAUGCCAACUGCCACUUCUUGAAAAGGAGGGCAGGGAGCCACGAGAGGGCUGCAUGAGAGACCUACUAAGGUCGCCUAGGUGCAGUGUGAAGUUCAGUGCUGUUGUCAAGAGGUCUAACCCUACACUUUCUCUUUUAAUACUUACUGAUGGCCAUGAAAGAAGAAGAAACAAACAAAGGUGUGAAAAUUAUAAGCCAUUUGGGAAACCGCCAAGUCCUGCCCCUGUGAGCUGAUCCACUGUGCAGAAGCAUAACCCUCUUGAAAUGAACAAAAGCCUGCCAAGCUCUUUCAAAACCCUUUUUGGCUGCCUAGCUCUACACAUCAUACCCCAUUUAAACUGGGAGCUGCUUAACAAAUGAUUUCAAACUCCACUAUCGUUGAGUUUGGAGGAGUCAUAGAUCUAGAAGGAAGCAAGAAUCCAGUCUUGUCCUCAUUACUGUAAAUCAGGGGCAGGGAACCUUUUUUCUGCCAAGGGCCAUACAAAAUUACCAACUUAAAAAUUAGCCUGCUAUAUUUGGUCAAACAU